AUUUCCGCCACUUUUUGAAAAGCCAACUCUGCGCUCAUUUAUAUACACUUUUUUUUUUGCUGGUUUUCGACAGCGUUCACAGGAGGGUUCUGGAUACGUUUAUCAGUAACAGAGGCCGGUGGAAAUGGAGUUUCAAGAACCGAUGACGCUCGGCUCCCCCACUUCUCCCAAACCUGGGCCCGGCGCCCAGUUCCUGCCUGGGUUUCUGAUGGGAGACCUGCCAGCUCCUGUCACUCCCCAGCCUCGGACGUUUGGUGGAGCAGGGGGCGGGAUGGACGUGCGCUCUCCUCUCUUGGCAGUGGGGUCACCCCCGCAGCCGGUGGUCCCCACACCUAAGGAUAAGAGUGGGGCUCCACCUGUGAGAAGCAUCUACGAUGACCUGGCUGGGCCUGGGGUUGGGUUGUCCCCGCUGAGCUCCCGUAAGCAGCCCUUCACCGUGAUGCAGACACCACUGUCCGGUUUGAUGGCCAACACACCAGGGACAUCUUCUAGUGUGUUUAGUCCUGCAAGCUUAGUGCAGCAGAGGAAAUCGACACUGUCGCCAGCACAAGCUGAUCCGUUUUACACGCAAGGGGAAGCCCUCUCCUCCGAGGACCAGCUGGACGAAACGUGGGUCACGGUUUUUGGCUUUCCACCCGCGUCCGCUUCCUACAUCCUCCUACAGUUUGCACAGUACGGCAAUAUAUUAAAGCAUGUGAUGUCCAACACCGGCAACUGGAUGCACAUUCAGUAUCAGUCCAAGCUGCAGGCUAGAAAGGCACUUAGUAAGGAUGGGAAAGUCUUCGGCGAGGCGAUCAUGAUCGGGGUCAAGCCCUGUAUAGACAAGAAUGUGAUGGAGAGCUCAGAGAAAGCCUCCUCUUCCUCCAGCUCUGUGUUCACCCCCCCGGUGAAGGCGGCUGGCACUCCCAGCAUGCCUGUCUCCACACCUCGUCCUGCCAUGAGGCCCCUCAGUGCAGCUUACAAGGCAUCCAGCAGUGACUACCAGGUGAUUUCGGACAAGCAGACACCCAAGAAAGACGACAGUUUCGUCACCAAAGCCAUGGAGUACGUGUUUGGCUGGUGAAGCUGUUCGCCUCCUCGCUGCUCCGGAAAGAGGACGAUGGAACUCGGUGACUAGUAACGCCCGCGGAUCACGUGACAAGCUAGCUCAGUCCUGGCGGUCUCCGAUGUCUGUCACCUAAGCCUGUCAUAGACGCACCCUGUAAAUUAUAUGCACUUUAUGAUUGUCAGGAAUAUACAUACUCUACUGGAUGUGGGUAAUUAAUCCAUUUUAUGGUUUGAAAUUUAGGGUGCUUAAAGGACUUGGGAGACACUAUAAUGCAGUGCAAACGUCGGCGAGCUGGCGGUCUCGUGCGACACUGAGUUCCUGCAAAGAAUUAUGUUUUUCUGCUAAACGGUGGUUCUGAAACUCAGGCUGGUGAGGAUUAUGUGCGUUAUGACUUGAAUGACUCGGAGAGAUGAAUUUUAAAAGCACUUUUACAGAGUGCGACUUUUAAACUUUUGCUUACACCUGUAACAUUGCUAUUGAAACUUUUUUUGUAACUUUUUCUUUGUGUGAGAGACCUUGUGUGAUGAUUUCUUACUCACCGUAUCUUCCUGACAUUGUUCAGUCCUUCCUAACAGAUACAGUGAACUCUCUGUGUUAUGUAUGUAAUAAAUACAGUAUUAUUAUUA